AUGAAUUCCUAUGGACUGAAUGACUACAGCAAAUAUCAGCACAACCCCGAGCAGGUGAAGCAAUCGCUUGCCUACAUAACAUCGAAGGCGUCCGAGGUGAAAACGAUGAUCGAGGAGCUGCUCUACUUGUUGGAUCUUCAGGAAAACGCGCCCUGGCUAGACAUGUUGGAGAAAUACUCCGCCAUUGCCGCUAAUAUGUCCCAAUUACAAGCUUCAUUUCGCAAAUCGGGCAUCUCGGGAAUUCAAGAAGACAAUGGGAAAGUGAUGCGAUCGAAUGUCAUCGUGCCUCAAUUGUUGACUAUGGAAGUGAAUCCGGAAUUGCAGAAACUGACAGAGGGACGUGUACAUUCUUGGAAUCACGAAGUUGUGCCUGUAUCUCUACGCACAAAGCCCGACCCGUCAAUUGAGCGAGAAGAAAUGAUACUAGAUAAUGAACGACAAAACAAAGCCUCCGACAACAUUAUCAAACAGGUGUCGGCUAUGAAUAAACACGCUGAAUCGCUGAUGAUGCAACUACAGACGCUAGAACGAACUUCUGAGGAUUCUGCGGAUUUCAAGCCAACUUAUUCGGAUGAGGAUACAAUUUGUUUGGUGAAAGCGAUCAUGACAGGUGAAGGCAUUCGGGUUGCUCCAAAGCCACAACAGCCGUCACAAGGACAACAACAGCCGGGUGUGGCUCCAAUUUCUUCAAUGCAACCCGGUCCUCUGCAAGGACUUUCCGGUCCAUCGAUGCGAAGA